AAUGCAAGAAUAUGAUCGAGAAUACUACCAAAAAAAUAAGGAUAAAAGGCGAGAACAUGAUCGAGAAUACUAUCAAAAUAAUAAGGAGAAGAAGCUAGAAUAUGGUAGAAAAUACUACCAAAACAAUAAGGAAAGGGUUAAAGAAAGAAAUCAAGAAUAUAAUCGAAAAUACCGAGAAAAAAUGGAAAAUAAACAGGCAAGUUUACAAAGUGUUUAUCCAAAAGAAAGAAAUGUUCAUCCUGAUAAUGAAGAAAAUUCAUUUGUUAAUACACAGAAUGACGCUUUUGGGAAUAAGGGUAAAUUGCCAAUCUUUUAUGAAGAGGACAUUCAGUAUGAAGAAAAUCUUUCUAAUCAAGCGGAUGAAGAAUUUAACAAAGACAAAACAGAAAUUUCUGUGGAUGAGCAAAAUCAAACGUUGGUAGAAGAGCCAAAUAAGAUUCGUGAAAAUUACAUGAAUCAGAUAGAUUUAAAUGAGGAGAAUUAUCCGUUUGAUCUGAACGAGAAACCUGAGGGUAUAGAUGAGAACGUUUGUUAA